GUAAGGCCAGCUGGUAAGCAGGGGAAUGGAGGAUGGCAACCGGUGGUUCGUAGACAUGGGGAUCGAGGAGUUGGGGGUCAAAGGGGGAAUACCAUAUACUCUGUUUUUGUGGAUAACAUACCAGCAUCUAUGGGGGCGAAAGGGUUGUCUAAACUCUUCUCCAACUUUGGAGUUGUAUUGGAUGCGUAUAUUCCACAGAAGAGAAGAAGAUCUACAGGUUCCAGGUUUGGAUUCAUAAGGUAUGGUUGUCCGGUAGCAGCGAGUAUGGCUCUGCAAAAAGCAAAUGGCCUUUGGUGUGAUGACAAAGCGCUAAAGGUUAAAAUGGCUGAGUUCAGGAAGGAGUGUGAAAAUAAGCAAAGCAAGUCACAACAAGUACAGAAGAGGUGGGUUAAGGAAGGCAUAUACUCUGUACAUGAUACCCAUCAAGGGAGAAAGUCAUAUGCUGAUGUGGUCAGCGGCAGGGACUUUCAAUCUACUUCAGGUCGCACUAUUAAGGUACAGAAAGUUGGUAAUGGUUGGCUGCAUGAAAGUGUAGUGGUAAGAUUAAAGCCAAUUUUUUCAGUUGAAGAUUUUAAGGAGGAGUUACAGGGACGAGGACAUGGAGAUAUCACAGUUAGAGUCGGUGGUGGAAGACAAUUAGUGCUCUCAUUUCAAUCAGUGGAAGCUAUGAAGGAAAAGUUACCGUUCAUGAAGGACUGGCUUACAGUUUGGUGUGAAUCGGUUGAGGAAUGGGAAGACAGCAUGGUCCUGGAACAGGUGAGGCAGGUGUGGUUAAGCUGUUAUGGUGUGCCACUGGUCCUGUGGAACAAUAACACGUUUUGCAGCAUAGGUAAAGAGUGGGGUGAGGUUCUGAAAUUGGACGAAGAUACAGCUAAUCUGAAAGCCUUCCAUUGCGGGAAGGUAAAGGUAGCAACAAGGCACAUGGGCGCCAUUAAUCAUACCUUAAAUCUAGAAUGCAAAGGUAUCCUAUACCCAGUCCGGAUCUGUGAGGAACAAAUUAUAGUGUCACAAGUAGUAAAAGAAUAUUGUAUCUGCCAAUCCUUCAUGAGGAACAACGCUGAUAGCUACAGUUCAGAGGAAGAAGUUGAGAAUAUUGCAGAUCGAGGCAGCAGACAAGAGGUAGAAGAGGAUGACGUGGAAGUCCAUAUGGGUGAUGAGGUGGCUAAAGACUGUGAUGUGGAAGAAGGGGUUAGGGUGGAUGCACAAGUUAACACGAAUGACUUGGAGGAGGAUGCCAGCUUGAGGGUGGUUUCGGUGGUGGAGGAGACAGACAUGAUGGAGGGAGUGUCAGGGGAAGGCUUCUCACGUAAGGAGGGCGCUGAAAAGAAGCUCUGUAAAGGAGUGUCAGAGAAGGGUGGCGCACGCAAGGAGGGUAGCUGUAGAGUUGAUGAUGAAGUGGUCACAUCUGGGUUCAUAAGAAGCACGAGUGGGUCUGUUGGGAAGCAACCAGGAAUUAACCUGGAAGUAAAUUUAAACAGGGCCCAUUUUGAAACAUGUAGGAUUGGGUCGGCCCAAAGGGCUGAAGCUCCACUUAUUUGGGCUGAUAAUAGUAGCAACUCUAUCACUGAAUCUACUAAUGGAGUGGGGCAAUCCAAUUUUGAGUUUAGGAGGGUGUCCAACAACCAAUCACCUGCUAGUCAGGAGUGA